GGGGGCGAGGGGAGAUUGCUGCUCUUCGCCUGAGCACUCGGGUUACGAGAGGUUACAAUUCCGCGAGGAACAGAACAGCAACGCAUGUCUAACGAGGAUAAACUCGCAUUUCCACCUUCGUCAGCACCGUGCCCGAGAGUAGUAUCUACUCUCCCCUUUUCCAACACAACCUCCUCCUCCUCAUCUCGCAGACACGCGCUCGAGCACGCUUCGCUUACCCUGUUAACACGGCAGUCGGCUCGCAACCUCAUCGUAACGCGACGCGACGCAACGCGAGGCGCACAGCGGCGAAUGAAAGAGGCGUGCAGCGGUGGUCGUCACCAUCGUCGUCGUCAUCGUCGUUGGGUCGCCGCCGCAGUCGCCGCCGUGCCGGUCCCGCGGUGAGCGAGCGCAGCUAAGUGCAUAUUAGACGAGGCGGCCGCGAGCGCCGCGCAUUCGCCGGCGAGCGCUCGUUGAGAGUGGAGAGCGUUGCGAGAGGUACGCGUCGUGUGUUUUACUCUCUUCCUCUCUCUCUCUCUCUCUCUCUCGCGGGUUCGUGUUCCUCGAGUCAAGUGCUGCAAAGUUUCAAAUGCGGGACGCGCCCGUCUGAGAAAUAAUUCGCGGAUCGAGAGAUAUCCUUCCCGGAAGAUUCAUCUCAUCGGCGUUUCCGCUGCUGGCUACGACCGUCGUCGAGUUGUGGACACACGAGCCCUCGAGUGUCGAGACGUGAUCUUGAAAUAAUCGCGCGAGUGGUGCUCGAUGCGUUAGAGGAGAGUUCAGCCUUCAGUGCCGUUCUCGGGUUUCUAAACAUUUAUCGGGCCCCUUCCCUCCCUCACUCGGCUGUGCACCGAGCGAUUGCCGAUGUAUUAGUCGGUAUCAUCGGUUUUCAAUUGCCGAAUUCCGACUCCGCCGAAUCCAACUUAACGGUUGUGUAACGGUCGAGACAUCAGCGCAGCGGGACGAGCGAGCGAGCGAACCGGGCACGUUUCGGAAGUCACCCUUGCUUUCUUGAAGGAGGUGCGAGAAAGGAGAGGGGAUCCCCGGCUCCGCAAUUCCGAAUCGAGCUAUCGAGGUUCGACGUCCGGCGAAGGACCGAGAGGGAAGAAGGAAUUCGGAGGAGGAAGCGCGGAACUUUCUUUCUUUCGUACACACGGUUAAUUGAUGCGUAAAGCAGAGCGGAGGCAUUGACACUCGUCGGUGAGGAAAAAGGACGGGGAAGGCGAAAGAGAGAGUUGCGUGCGAUGUCGACAGUUGUUGCGGGAUCCGCUGGAAAUCCUCGGCUUCCGCUUGUAAAAAUAAAUAUCGCCAGCGGUGUCAUUAGCCGUUCGGAAGUGAUAAGUGAAGGGAACGCGGCGUAAUCCUGACUGACGCACGCACAAGCUGAAUAAAAUUCUCGGAGAGAAUUAAAAUUGAAUCGUGGAGAUUUUCCGAGGGACAAAGGCUCCGAGGUGAGGAGGGAGGAAAAAGAAAAGAGGACGAGAGGAAGACAAACGGAAGUACGCCACGCGUCGGGACUCGUCGGUUUCAAGAUACCGAGAAAUCGCGAUAAGAUAGUCGUUAUAAUAAACAGUCGCGCACGAUAUUCGAAGCGAGUUUUGCAGAAGAGAGUUGCGUAAGACCGACCUGGAAAAAGGGGGCUGUGUUGCUCAACGCGCGGCUUUAAAGAAUCCCAAAGCGUGAGGAAGAGUCUCGCGGACGUGCGGGCAACGGCGGGCUCCCCGUAAUCGCAUUCCCCAGGUGGAAAACGACACCCGAGAGCAUCGGCGGCCAACGUCGAGUUUCUCCCGAGAGUUGCCGAGAAUUAGCGGGGAGCGAGUUCUAAUUAACGCUGCCCAUUAACAGCCCUCGGUACCUGACGGCGGUGACGACUUCGGCUCUGAUGAUUAAUAGAUAACCGCUGAUUAAAUAUCCCGAUCGAGAGCGAAAGGGGGAACUCUCUUGUUGUUUCCGUUCCAAAUACCUUUGUGCCUCCACGCUGCGCCAUAAUAAUCAAUGAUUCUACGAUCGCGUGAGAUAAACCUUCUUCUGCUUUUCUUCGGCGCGAAAACGUGAGAGCUUAAUGGAGAGAUCGAUCGGCGUUCGUGCGUUACAAUAAUCAAUUUCGCGAGUGUAUCGCGAUUGUUGUCGCGUGUUCGAAAAAGGACAUCGGCCUUCGGUGGGUGUCAGUGUCCCUCGCGAAGGACCUGCGGAGGACGGUGAGCCUUAGAGUGUAAAGUGAUGUAAUUGGUGCGUCCGCCGUGUGGCGAUGUGCGAUGCCAGCUUGGCUCGAAUGACGCUUGGCCCACGCAGCUGAUGACAAACGUAAACAGAAUCAAGGUGGUCGUCCUCGGCGGCCCCAGAGUCGGCAAAUCAGCGGUGGUUGUGCGGUACUUGACGAGGCGAUACAUCGGCGAGUACAGCUCGACCAGUGAUUUUCUCUACCGACACAGCGUCACUAUUGAUAACGUUACGACGGAGGUUGAGAUACUUGACACGUCCAGGUGCGAGGAGAAUGGCUGCCUGUACUCGCACAUACGGUGGGGUGAGGCCUUCGUCGUGGUUUACAGCGUGACAUGUAAGCGGAGCUUUCAGGAAGCCCGUGGACUUCUCAAGCAACUCGCGGAUCUACGCCUGCCAUCCUAUUUCACCGCCCUCCUGCUCGGCAACAAGAGAGAUUUGGAUCACGCACGGGAAGUAUGCGUGGACGAAGGCCAACAGCUGUCGCUGGCGCACGGAUGUCAGUUUUACGAAGUAAGCGCCGCGGAGAGUCCCGCAGGAGCGGCGUUAGCCUUUCAGGCGCUUCUGCGGGAGGCGAGGUCGGUCCAGCUCCUGCGAGCGUUGCCGAUCCGCAGGAAACUGGGCGUGCACUCGGUCUCGAGAGUCCUCGGGACGAUCUUCGGCAAGAACACCACCAAGGACCGUAAGAAGAGGCCGUCGUUGAGCAUAUGACGCCUUCUAUGCGCCCUCCUCCUCGGAGGACGAGAUGAGCCAGGCAGGAGAACUGACAUCGUCGUCCUCAGCAGCAACGUCUACUCCAAUCGCUGACGAGGUCCUCGGUAAGGACGUAGAAUCUCUCUUGUGCCUUCCUGAAGAAAGGCCGCCAUCACCGGGAUCGAGAGACUUGCUCUCGAGCGAUCUUGAAAGCAUCCCUUGCCGAGAGAAUGAUCCUUUUCUUCAAGCGUAUUGAAGAAAAACGCAUUUGCUAAUGACAAUCAAACUCCUGAGGUUCUGAAACAUAUUUGGGGACUCAAAACUCCGAGGACGUAAGACUGAUUUUCUGGUUUUGAGGACACGCAGGGUCCAAGGUCUGAUACACCCUGGAAGAUCGACGUGCGAGGUCUAAAGGCUCUCUUUAACAUGUGGUGAGCCGAAAUAUCCGGAUUUCGAGAAGGUUUCAGUCAUGGAGGGCGACAUUCACUUUUGAUAAAAACUACUUUGUGUGCUGAAGAAGAAUAUUUACGUGGUGUUCGUGUGUGACCCUGCUUACAGUGGCGGUAGAGAAGCGAAUCGACGUAGAACUCUCAGAGACUCUUCGUGAUAGGCACGACGCAAAGGUACUUCUUUUCAAAUAUUGCAAUGACAUUUUAUAGUGAUUACAAGUGACUGGCAAGUUGUUCCUGAACGACAUAGUCCUUAGUAUGAUUUAUCGAGAAUGAUCUUAUGGUUGCGAAUCGCCCCGCAAUCGGUUCCGCGAGUGCAAAUUUUAUUAUUUAGGACACAUGCAAUACUUGCAUAUCAUUCGGUGUUUAAUAAGUUAUUACGUUAUUAACUCUAAACAGUAUAUAUACGAAAAUAAUGGUUUUUUAAAUUAUUUUUUGUGAUUUUUAUAAAUUUAAACUUUUCGAAAGAUGUAUAUAUAAUGUUUUCAAAACUCGCAUUUUUUACAUUUCUAUAUAUUUUCCAGCUAUCUUCUCUUAUUAAUUUUGAUUUUAAAAUUAAAUUUUUUAUUUUGCAAAAAUAUAAAAUAUUUUAUAUACCGUUUAGAGUUUAUCUUUCUUUUUUUUUUCGAUAUUUCGGAACGAAAAAAAACCCGUGAGUCUUUCAAAUUUAGAUAUUUCCACCAGGUAAAAGAAAACGCGAUUCGAUUCGAUUUUCUGCCUAUCGUCUCAGUUGUACAUAUCUGGAAGGUGUUUGCAAGCGCUCCCAGCGACUUCUACACCUUCAUCGCAAGGCGUGUUUGAUUCGAUGACUUUAAUGUUCCUAAAAAAGUAGCCUAAGUGCAAAUAGCGCAUACGUUCACUUAUACUCUGCGGUGAGUCUCGAAGACUUGAAUAAUCAUUAAGAUUUGCAUACGAGAGAGAAAAAAAUAAUGAGUGCGAAUGUUAAAAUCUUUACAGCCUAUUAAAGGCUGUACUAUUUGAUUUGAGUAUUUGAUGUGUGAUCGAGAACAUUACGAACAAAAGAAUACGAAACGAUACAAAUUUAAAUCUUAAUUAUAGAUUUUUCAGUUUUUUGCUUUAUCGUUGUUUCGAAUUUGAAUUUCUCGCAGAUCGGAAUAAACAAUAGGGAAUAGCCAUUAAAUGGCUAAAAAAUAUUAACGAUCGUUUGUGAAUGAAUGCCGUGUUACGUUCGUCGGUGAUGACGAAUCGAUUAUCGUCCACUUUAUCGUAGAAAGUUUUUGCUAAGCUCUUCAAUCGCGCGCGAUGUUUUGUAAGUCUUCCUUUUUCUACGACAAGCAUAGAGACGUACGAUCGACUUUUGAGAUUCGUAGUUCGUAAAACACUUUCAGAGUGCCUUCCGGACGACGUGAAGUCCGUUAGGCUUUUUUUUUGCCAGCAACUGACGUGCUUUUUGAUGCGAGUGUUAACGAAGAAAAAGAAGCAACUCUAUUUACAUUACGUUUAAGAAAACGAAUAGUUAACGAGCAGUAAAUUAAACGAUCCCUCUUCAGCGCGUCAGUUUCUAGCGGAAAAAAGGACCGUAAAACACGGGCUUUCAGAGCUGGCUUCCUCGAACCAGGAACAGCUCGGCGAAGCUACUUAGUGUCUUUUUUUUUUACGAUACAUUCCACUUGAAAUUAGUGCCCCCUCUAAAAUGUGUAUGUAUACAUAAGUGUGUGAGUGUGAGAAUGCGUAAAUUCGAUUCCAGGCAGAUGUCGAUCGCUGUAUUCGAAGUGCUAGUCACUUGUUAUCGAGAGAGGAUAAUAAUAAAGGAGCGUCUUUUUGUUAAA